AUGCUUCAGUUGGCUGGAGUGAGCAAUUCAACUUGUGGAGGAAUGAGAAAUGUUACUGUUGAGCCAAGAAACAUAAAACCCCAGGGUAAGGACAGCAAGGGCGAGGAGAAUGGCUCCGACAGCUUCAUGCACUCCAUGGACCCACAGCUGGAGCGGUAAAUGGAAACUACCCAGAACCUGGUGGAGUCCUACAUGGUCAUUGUCAACAAGACAGUGUGGGACCUCAUGGUUGGUGUCAUGCCCAAGACCACCAUGCACAUCAUGAUCAACAACAUGCGUGCACCGCCUCAUGGAGACCAAGGAGUUCAUCUUCUCGGAGCUGCUGUUCCACCUGUACUCGCGUGGGGACCAGGACACGCUGAUGGAGGAGUCAGCAGAGACAGCAAGGGCGAGGAGAAUGGCUCCGACAGCUUCAUGCACUCCAUGGACCCACAGCUGGAGCGGUAA